CACUGGGCCAAUCAGCGACAAGCGCCCAGGUCUUUUUCUGCUCCGUGUUGAUACAAUGAAGAAGGUGGGCAGCAUCUCACUGUGUCGCUGCUGUGAGGGGCUUCAACUUUUCACAGAGUUUCACAGCGGAAACACCGAGUUCCUGUGAAUAAGAGAAGACCACGGUUACUGAACCAAGAUGGAGAAUGAAGACAACAGAGUCCUCAGGUCCCGCAGCAGGUCCUCAACCAAGAAGAUCAACUCCUCUGACCCGGACACUUCUUUUGAUGGAGAAUCCAGUCUGGAGGGUCAUCAGCGAGGACGUGGAGACAACCACAUUACCAGAAACGGGAGAAUUGAAAUGGAACACAUGAUCAGCAAAAAACUAGAGCUGAAGAGGAAAGCUGAGUUUUUGAAAAGCGAUCUGCUGCGUCAGUUGGAGAGUCAGGUUGGUGACUUUGUGGACAGCCUCAUAGAAGAGUCGGCCACUCUAGAACCUGCCCCACUUCCUGCCGUCUUCUCACCUCCGGUGUUGGACAAGGACAAGAGCAGACUCAGACAUUUUCGACCUCCUCAUUACCAAGGGAAGCUGUUUGUCAGCCGCAGGUCACUCCUGGAUGAGCUGUUUGAGGUCAACCACAUCAGGACCAUCUACCACAUGUUUAUCGCUCUGCUGAUUCUGUUCAUCCUCAGUACACUGGUGGUAGAUUUCAUUGAUGAAGGCAGACUGGUGUUGGACUUCGACCUGCUGGUCUAUGCCUUUGGACAGUUCCCCCUGGUGGUGUGCACGUGGAUCUGCAUGUUUCUGACUGUGCUGGUGGUUCCUUACUCUCUGUUCCACCUGUGGACACAGAGCCAGUCUGGGUCUUACCCCAGGUUGUACAGUUUCCUGUUUGGUUCAGCGUUCCUGCUCUACCAGGCUCUGGGCCUUGGUUUUCUUCCCACAUAUGUGGUGGUGACCAACAGUAUGCCGCCUGCGUCCUGCUUCAUCAUCAUUCUAGAACAGGUGCGUCUGAUGAUGAAAGCACACUCCUUCAUCAGAGAGAAUGUCCCAAAGGUUUGGAGCUUGGAUAAAAACAAGACCAGCUCCAGCCCAGUGGUUCCUCAGGUUUUUCACUAUAUCUACUUCCUGUUUGCACCCACACUCAUUUACAGGGAUAAGUAUCCACGUAACCCGACCAUCAGAUGGGGAUACGUGGCCACAAAGUUACUUCAGGUCCUCGGCUGUUUGUUUUAUGCCUAUUAUGUGUUUGUGCGACUGUGCAUCCCUCAGUUUCGCAGUGUCAGUCUACAGCUCUUUGACCUUAAAGCUAUGGUCCUCUGUGUCUUUAACUCCAUCCUACCAGGAGUGCUGGUUCUUUUGCUGGGAUUUUUUGCCUUUCUUCAUUGUUGGCUCAACGCUUUCGCGGAGAUGCUUUGUUUUGCUGAUAGGAUGUUCUACAAGGAUUGGUGGAAUUCAACAUCAUUCGCCAACUACUACCGUACAUGGAAUGUAGUGGUCCAUGACUGGCUGUAUUACUAUGUUUACAGGGACUUACUGUGGAUGACUAAGAAGCGUUUCAGAGCUGCGGCCAUGCUGUUUGUCUUCACUGUUUCUGCGGUGGUCCACGAGUAUAUUCUUGCCGUCUGCUUCGGCUUUUUCUACCCUGUGCUCUUCUGCCUUUUUAUGUGCUUUGGAAUGAUGUUUAACUUCAUACUGCACGACCAAAGAAAGGGACCGAUCUGGAACAUCAUCAUGUGGACGUCGCUGUUCGUGGGUCAGGGAGUCAUCAUAUGUCUUUACUCCCACGAGUGGUACGCCCAGCGCUACUGCCCCUCGAAAGAGACUUCCUUCUUGGAGUCACUGAGGCCUCGCUCCUGGAGCUGCCAGCAGGGUUUGGUGGUGGACGCUGGAAAGCUGUGACCUGCUUCAUGUUCUGCUGAUGACUCAUCCUGGUUCAUGUCUUAGUUUACUUUCAUGACUUUUGCUCUUUGAUUAUUUUAAUUUAUUGCACUUGGGUCUCAGCUGAGUGAUUGAGAUCGUGUGCCAAAAUACUCUUCACUCCAACAGCCAAUUCACACCGAUGCCUUUCGUACAUGUUGGUUGUCAAAGGCAUGACCAUAAAGAGUCCAAACCAAACGUGUAUAUUAAUUUUAUGUUUUCUUUUUUCCAGUGAUUUGUGUUCACCAACUGUGAAAUCACUCGCUGUGCCAAACAGAACAGUGGCAAUAAUGCAGCUCAGUACAAUCUAUAUACAUAUAUGCAGUAACCAGUGGUUAGUGACGGUCGUAACUUGGACCCUGUUGUAACAAAUGUUCAUAGUGCAGCUCAAAAAAUGUCAUUUACAUUCAUUGGUCGAGAGACUUAUUCCAAAGGGUUUUGUACAACUCUGACAACCUCUAGUCUCAGUACAUGAACCUGAAGUUUUUACAUCCAAAAGUUGUAUAUUUUCCAAAAAACUGAAUAUAUUUUUAUUUAAAUAAGUUCUCACACCGCACAGUUUAAAAAGUUAAAAAAAAGGUGCUUUCACACAGAAC